GCCGCGCCCCGUCCGACGUCCAGGCCCUGCCGGCCCGAUCUCAAGAUGGCGGCGCCCAGCGGAAGGAGGAACGGCGGCGGCGGUGCGAGCUUGUGGGCUGCGCUGCUCCUGGCGGCCGUGGCGCUGAGGCCGGCAGAGGCGGUGUCCGAGCCCACGACGGUGGCGUUUGACGUGCGGCCCGGCGGCGUCGUACACACCUUCUCCCAGAACGUGGGCCCUGGGGACAAAUAUACUUGUGUAUUCACCUAUGCUUCUCAAGGAGGGACCAAUGAGAAGUGGCAGAUGAGCCUGGGCACCAGUGAAGACCAGCAGCACUUCACCUGCACCAUCUGGAGGCCCCAGGGCAAGUCCUACCUGUACUUCACUCAGUUCAAGGCAGAGGUGCGGGGUGCCGAGAUCGAGUACGGCAUGGCCUAUUCUAAAGCUGCGUUUGAAAAAGAGAAUGACGUUCCCCUGAAAAAUGAGGAAUUUGAAGUGACCAAAACAGCAGUGACCCACCGGCCUGGGGCGUUCAAGGCCGAGCUGUCCAAGCUGGUGAUCGUGGCCAAGGCGGCACGCAGUGAGCUGUGACCGGCAGCCCACGGUGGGCGGCUUUCUCGUCUCUGCCGAAAGGGCAGUGCCUGAGACCUGGCGUCACUGGUUUUCUAGGGGCACCGUUGUUUUCUGCCUGGCUGAUGCUGCCCUCGGGUCCCCAGGGUGGCUGAGGCCCUGGGGCAAAGGCCAGGGGCCAGGAGGUUGAGCGGUACUGUCUCCCCCCACCCCCCACCAGCUCCCCAUCUUCCCCCCACCACCACACCCCCCGCCCCGCCCCGCUCUUCUGAACCAGAGCGUGGGCCGAGCCUGCUGCUGCCGGUCUCACCAGGAGAGGCAUCAGCCCGGGGGGUCGCAGCUCUCCUCGCGCCAGCGUGGCCCCUUGGGGUCAGGCCAGGCUCCGGGUGCUCGGGGAAGAGUAGUCCUGCUGCCCUCUGACCUCAAGUUGACUCUUUUAUUACAAUUUCCCCAGGAGACCACCUUCCAGACCAACUGGAAAGAAAUGAAAUGUCCUUUUGUAUUUAAAUAAAAGAGUGAAAAGGAA